CAUUUGGUACUUCGAUGUACUUCACUGUUAACGCGAUGAGAUUAGGUUAAGCCUCCUCCCCUAUUUGGUAGAAUUACGUUACGUACGAGUGAUAUAGUACGUAAGAGUGAUAUAAAACACGGAUGAGCUGUCAUGCCGCUUUGUCGUACGACGAGUGACGCAAACUUUCGUAAUAUUUUGAUGCCGUAGAGAUCCGUGUCCGUCUCGUUAAAUUGUGAGGAUUGUGAGGAAUUUAGCGUAAUUCUCGACGUUGCGACUGACAUGUCCUGGAUAGGCGCAAUAGCGAAUAAUGUGCUUCGUAACAUUGUCUACACGGACACGCCGCCGAAUGUCGUACUGGAGGUCCGACCGGAGCAUUAUAGCAAUCGACAUAUCCAUUCUCGCGAAGAUGGCAUCGUACUGUACGGACCUGGUGACAGAAGUCAAAAGUACGAGAUUGUGCUGCACAGACCUUGCACAGAGACCCUUCAUCAGGCGUACAGCUUGUUUCGAUCGGAGUCUCUUGAAGCAACAAUGGACAGAUUCAUGACAUACAAGGAUAAAGUACCACUACUUGUACAGAUAGUGCAAGAGAUGUACAGUAUUGCGAAGAUACAGAAGCUCUGUGAUACUCUGAUGGAGCAUCCUAUGUGGACGUUGGCGCACUUGGCGGCACACUUUGCGCUGUACGAUGCCUUCUCAUGCGAGAUUGUCAAUAGCGAUCUCAAUAGUGGCGAUUUAGAGACUGGUAUUUCACCUCUGCAAGUUGCUGUGCAGACCAAUAAUCUGCGCACUGUGCAGAUGCUGAUAGCAGCCAAGAGUUCGUUGGAGCAUUUGGAUCACAAUGCAAACACCGUCUACCAUUACGCAGCUACAUCCACUAAAGAUAUCAUUUUGGCUCUAGGAGCUGGUCUACCCAACAGUCUUAACAGUCGUAACAGCAGUGGUCACACUCCCAUUCACGUGGCUUGUCACAACGACAAGCCAGAAUGCGUGAAGGCGUUGUUACUAAUCGGCGCUGACGUCAACAUACCCGCUACUGAGAGCGCCGAGCCUUCUAGCCCCGGCUACGUCGGCGACUUCCUACACAAAAAGCCGAAUGUGCUCAACUCGGAGGACAUGAAGUUCGGUGGCACACCGUUGCAUUGGUCGCGUAGUCGCGAGGUGAUACGCGCGCUGAUCGAGACCAAUUGCGACAUCGACGCGCUAAACUUCGAUGGGCGUACAGCGUUGCACGUGAUGGUGAUGCGCAAGCGACUGGAAUGCGUGGUCGCGCUGCUCAGCCACUUGGCGUCUGUAAACAUUGUCGACAAGGAGGGCAAUACACCGCUGCACUUGGCUGAGGAUUCGAUAAUCGUGCAAGCGCUCAUCGGCUUCGGCGCCGACCUCAACGCUCGCAAUUGGAAGUUUGAGACGCCGUUGCACAAGGCCAACAUCGACAACACCGACGGUAACAAAAUUAUCUACCUGCUGCACGCAGUGGGAGCGCAGCGGUGUCCACCUGAGAUGACAGGCUGCCAUCUCGGCUGCAAGUAUAACGAGACCUACACCGGCAUCGCACCAUCGGAACCGCCGCACCACGUAUCACGCACCGUUAUCGAUCAGAUGCUGCACGUUGCCAGCAUGGAUAAAAUGACCGAGCAGGAUAGGACAACUCUUGACGGCGGCAAACUGCUGUGCCUCGACGGUGGCGGUAUUCGCGGGCUGGUGCUCAUCCAGAGCCUCUUGGAGAUCGAGUCAGUGGUGGGACGACCAGUGGUGCAUUGUUUCGACUGGAUCGCCGGUACGUCGACCGGCGGGAUCCUCGCGCUCGGUCUCGCCGCCGGUAAGUCCCUGCGCGAAUGCCAGGCGCUCUAUUUCCGCAUCAAGGAAGACGUCUUCGUGGGCUCGCGUCCGUACAACAGCGAGGGUCUGGAAAAGAUACUGAAGGAGUGCCUCGGCGCGGAAACCGUCAUGGCGGACAUCGUGAGGCCAAAGAUCAUGAUUACGGCCGUGCUCGCCGACAGGAAGCCCGUGGAUCUCCAUCUGUUUCGUAAUUACGAGUCGCCUAGCUCUCUGCUGCUGGUGGCGGAGAAUGCAAUGUUUAAGCGCACGUUAUUGCCGGAAGAGCAGCUCUUGUGGAAGGCAGCGAGGGCCACCGGUGCUGCGCCGUCGUACUUCCGAGCGUUCGGUAGAUUCCUGGACGGUGGCUUGAUCGCGAAUAAUCCCACUCUGGAUGCCAUGACGGAAAUACACGAAUACAAUUUGGCGCUGAAAGCUAUCGGUCGGCCUCAGGAGGUGGUGCCGCUGACGCUGGUGGUCUCCCUCGGCACAGGAUGCACUCGCACGACGUACGCUUUCAAUGAGAUUGACGUUUUUCGCCCGGAAGGCCUCUGGGGCACCGCGAAGCUCGCCAUUGGCAUCUCAGCGCUCGGCACCUUGCUAGUCGACCAAGCGACCGCCAGCGACGGUCGAGUGGUGGAUCGUGCCAGAGGCUGGUGCUCCAUGAUCGGCGUCCCGUACUACAGAUUCAAUCCGCAACUGUCGACGGAGAUCGACAUGGACGAGAAGAACGACAAGACCCUAGUGCACAUGAUCUGGUCCGCCAAGGCGUUCAUGCACGCGAAUCGAGAUCAAGUGAAGGAGUUGGCAGCUGUCAUCAAUCGCAGCUCACAGGGAAAUUAUAAUCAAGGGAAAGUAUAAUCACGAGAGAUCAUCUUAGCACGACAAUUUUCAACUAGGUUACCAGUUCAAUCAACGCUAUGCGCUAUUCGAUAUUUCGACCAAUGUGAUAUUAGACUCGAUAGGUGUGCUAAUGUUAGAUUUUUAGCGGGUAUGAAAUCUUUUUCCCUCUUCUCCUUUUUUUAUAAUUAUAUGCAACAAGCAGCUUGUGUGUGCAGCAAUCGUAUGUGGUGAUCGUAUGUUUCUUCUGCGUUAUAAUCCGAUUGGGAACAAGGUCUCGUACUAGUUUAUUAAGAAUUUCUCAUGACAAAGUAAUGCACAAUUCUCAAUGCUACAUUUUACGUUGAGCUCUCUUACUUUUCGUCAUUUUUCGUAACAUCAGGUAAUCGAACUGCCUGAGUGAGCAUUAAUAUCGAGUCACAAGAAUAUACCUCAAGUGUCUAGAUAAUUAUUAUAUUAUUUAUUAUAAUUUAUUAAUAUUGUUAUAGCGUU